UGCUCCUAAACGUAAAGUUGUAGCGGGGUUGCAGGUUGUAGCAGCCGCGCAUCGGGUGCACGAUGUGUGAAGAGGUUGUGUAGCAUUGUUUUCAUGUCUUUCUUAUGUCUUACGAUCAUAUUGAAGCAAAGCACGGUACAGGCAACUGACUGAGGCGCUAUGGAUCUCACGAAAAAGCUGCGAUCACUGGUCGGAAAACAGGGGCAGCUGCCAGCACAGGACACGUCAAGCGCUACAACGGGAACUCCUGAGCCGCAAGCAACCAUUCCUAGGCUCAAGCCCAGUGGGGAGCUGCCAGCCGACCCAAAUGAAGAGGAGGAGGUCUUGUCAUGCAUUGAGGCCAUCUACUGCUCACCCGAAGGGGAGUUUGACGCUAGUGACCAUGAGCUCAAGAAGCUGCCUGAAGAACUGGACCUGGCUGCCAUCCAGCUAGUGCGUAAAGUCCUCCGCAGACAACUGGCAGUGGUGUCCAAGCGAGUAUCAGACCUGAUCCUGCAGAACCAGUCCUGGUAUACGCUAGAGCUCCAGCGAGUCACGGAGCUGCAGGACAGUCUUGAUGAGGCCUGCUCUGUGUGCAUCCGAGGUCGUAGGAGCCUGGCAUGCAGCCAGCACGAGCUGACGGUGUCCAGCCUGGGCCUCCUGGCUGCCUGCCGCAGGCGUCAGCAGCUGUUGGGCUUGUUGCGCUCCCUGCACCUGAUCAAGGCUCUGCAAGAAACUGAUGUCAGGCUUCGGGAACUGCUCGAGGAGGAGGACUACCCAGGUGCAAUCCAGCUGGGAUUGACGUGUCACAAAGCAGCCAGCACCUUUCGGCACUACCAGUGUGUUGGGGAGCUCAGUGCCAAGCUGCAGGAGACCCUGGAGAUGACUGAGGAGCAACUUGAUGUGGCACUGUCACGCCUGUGUGUCCAGUUCGACAAUGACCACUACUGUCGCUUGGAUGCUGCUUACCGACUGCUUGGCAAGACACAGAUGGCCGCCCACCAGCUGCUGAUGCACUUCUCGAGCGCAGUGCACAGCAGUGCUUUGGUCGUGGUGAAGAAUCAUGCCACUCCUGGGGACAACACAAGGCCGCCAGACCUGCACAAGGCACAGUACAUCGACCUCUGCAAGCUGGUUCCUGCAGAGAGGUUUCUGGGCUGCCUGGUGGACCUAUGCCAGGCACUGUGGCAAGUGAUGUGCAGCUACCGGGCUCUCCUCAGCUGGCACCGGGAUCGAGAGCCUGCUGGAGAGAGCCUGCUGAGCGAGGAUAUUCAGGCCCGCUUUGUAAUCGAGAAGCUCCGUGAGGGGUUGCAGCGGGUGUGGCAGGACAUCCAGAAGAAGGUCACCCAGUUCCUGCUCGCCUCCAACAUUGCGGGCUUCAAGUUCAACCAGUUCAUUCAGGUGCUGGACAUCGUGCGCAGGUUGAUGGACAUUGGGCAAGACUUUUGUGGGAGCCAGUCGGAAGAGCUACAGCAGUCUCUGCGACAACAAAGUUUCAACUACUUUAAGGACUACCAUCGGAGCUGCAUGGAGGAGCUGCGAAUGUUCCUGGAGAAUGAGAGCUGGGAGCUGGUGCCUGUGAAACCCUCAUUCUCCAUUCUCCAGCUGCAGGAGCUGCGGUUCCUAAGGCCACCGCCCAGAACCAGUGCACCACCCGGGUCGCCGAGUGGCAGCCGAGCAGAGGCACCGUCUCGCUUGGCUGCUGGUGACGGGCUGCGACUUUUCGAUGCCGCCUGCCAGCCGUUCAUCCUGCAGCCAGAGGAAGAAGAGGAAGACCUGUUUGACGCUGUUGCCUCCAGCCCUGCUGAUGGACCUGGCAUUGCAGAGGUGGACUCUGAUGAUUCAGACGUUCCUGAGGAGCUGAAGCGGGACUACGUUGAUGAAAUGACCGGCGAUGCUCCCCAGCGGAAGCAGCCCAGGCCCAGCACUCUGGCAGCCAGCGGCAGCAGCCCUUUUGUCACCAACACGAGCCUCAAUGUCUUGCGUCAGUUUGGGAAGUACAUGAAGAUGAUGGAUGUACUGAACACCAUUGCCUUUGAUGUGUUCCUGUGCAUGUCGCAGCUGUUCAACUACUACCUCUAUGCGGUGUACAUAUUCUUUGCCAAGGAAAUGAGUGACUUCCGGGAGAAUUCCCUAAGUGUCAAGGCUCAGAAUGCACUCCAGAAGAUCCGUGAGGACCUGUGUGAAAGCCCAGACAGUGAGAGCCAGGAGGCCAGCUCUAAGAUCCAGAUUCCACAGCUGUCUCCUGUGGUGGAUCUGACCAGCCCAGAAAAACUUUUUGGCCUGGCACCUCGUGUUGUGGCUGCUGAGUCCCUGCAGUUCCUGGCCGAGCAGUUCGUGUUUCUGGCACCACACUUAGAAGCCUUGCUGCACAGCAGCAAGCGUUCCUGUGUCCAGGCACACCUCCAGACGGUGUCACUGUCAGCUGAGCUGCGGCAGCCAACGUACAUGACGGUCGCAGCCCGUGCCAUCGGCUAUGAACAAGUCCUCUCACUUAUGGAGCGUGCCCGUUGGGAUGUGCAUGAGAUCAUGUCUCAGCACAGCUACUACGUGGAUGUCCUUGUCCGGGAGUUGCAGCUGUUCCUGAUGCGCCUCUCGGAAGUGGCCAAGCAGAUCCCUCUGCCAUCAGAGGCAACAGAAAUUCUCUGGGAGCAUGCCAUACGCAUAGCCCACCGUACCUUCAUCGAAGGCUUCUCCCAGGCAAAACGCUGCACCCCGGAGGGCCGUGCACAGAUGCAGCUGGACCACCAGCAGUUUGUAAGCAAAGUGGAGAAGCUGCGCGAGCAACGCCAGCCCCUGCCAGACAAGGAGCUGGUCGAGGCAUACAUCAAGGCCUACUACCUCAUGGAGCGCAGCCUGCGUGACUGGAUCGUCGCCCACUCCAAGGACUAUUCGACCAAGCAGCUGAUUGGCCUGGUGAACUGCAUCAGCCAUCUGAACAAGAAAGGGCGUCAGGGGCUACUCAAUCUCAUCGAGGAGAUCGCCGCAUCACCACCCCGAAAGUGACCAUGGGUGUUCUCUGCCUCUCUCUGUACAGUUACUAACAACUUUCACAAUAAAAUCAAAACGUGCAAUUUUC